CCCGCUUCGCUACCUCCGGGAGACCCGCAGCUCAUUGCUCUCAUAGUAGAGCAGCUCAAGAGCCGCGGUCUGUUCGACAGCUUCCGUCGGGACUGCCUGGCUGACGUGGACACCAAGCCAGCUUACCAGAACCUGAGGCAGAAAGUGGAUAAUUUUGUGUCAACACACCUGGACAAACAGGAAUGGAAUCCUGCAAUGAACAAGAAUCAGUUGCGAAAUGGGCUGAGGCAGAGCGUGGUUCAAUCAGGCAUGUUGGAAGCAGGAGUGGACAGGAUCAUUUCUCAGGUGGUGGACCCCAAACUAAAUCACAUCUUCAGGCCACAGAUAGAGCGAGCAAUCCACGAGUUCCUGGCAGCCCAGAAAAAAGAAGCUGUGCCAGCUCCCCCUCCAGAACCUGAAAGCCAGGAUCCUCCAGCGCCAUCCCAAGAUACUUCCUAAGAAUAUGCCUGAUACCUUUGGAAAACUCCAUUUACUGAAGAAAUGAAACGGAUUCCGGUUUCAUACGAGUAUAACUUUAGUCGACCAUGCCACUACUGAUGUCAGGAUUUUGACCUUGACUCGGGUGGUGUCCAUAUUGGAUGGACAGCAAGUUUGGUGGUGGGACGUUAUUCAUACUUCCUCAUGAAUUGUGCCAUCUUUGGCCGGCCUGUCCAGGGGUCUGACCCCAGUAUAGACACUACAGAGGUUUAAGCACUACGUGACUUGGGCUGUCCUGAUCAGACCUUUGUACUUGAACCUGGACACUGCAUGUAGAUGUUAACGCUUGUGUUCUGCAGUAUGCAGAAGCCGGGCUGGGGCUAGCCGGUCAGGACAGCAAAGGGCCAUGGGAGCAGCUGUCUGACAGUGGGUUUUGAUACCGUUGCUUGAGUUAUAGACUGGGAUGUGCAGCAGUUAGCAUCAAUAACCUAGUAGCCCUAGGUUAUUGUGACCUUCCUGUACUUGAGAUUUUAGUGGUUUCCUUUCUCUUAUCAGAGGUAACUUGGAGCCCUGGAGUGAGUGAGGAAAGCCCCACUGCCUCUGUCCUGGCGUCUCCCUAGCCACAGGGCGAGUCACUCUGGAUGUGGUGCUCAGUUCUCGUGUUUGUGUUUCCAGAAGAACACCGUUAGUAAUAAAUAGCAGACGUUUUGCAAUAAAGUUAUUUGAUGAUCUUGC